ACGGUAUGGUGUUUUUUAACAUACCUACGACAUAUUCCGGGGGAGACAUAGGGUGACAGCCAGGGAGCGGGUUGUGACAAGCUGGUCAGACAAAACGCCAGCUGGGUUUCCGACAGCGGACUUGGUAAAGUCUGACAAGCUUGGCGCGGCAUGGGAGUAGGACUUGAAGCAGGUCAUGCUAGACUGGCUAAAGGGCUACUUUCACACGCGCUCCGCACAAAUGAGCCACCGCCGGAGACUAUGACUUCCUCGUGUCUUGCGGUCAAAGAGUCGAGGUCCCUACCAGAUGCCACUCCAGCACCUAUCGCACGCAAGCAACAAAAGAGGGAUGACCAGCAGCGGAGCCCCGCACCAGAGGCCCCCAGCAACGUGGACUGCAUGGUGGAAAUCCGGCAGAUCCUGGCGCAGAGGGAGAGCUCGCGCUGCCUCACAUUCGGCUGCAGCCCGCCGGUACGCAGCGCCAAUCCCAUCGCGUCAACCAUCGGCCGCUGCGCUCCCAAAAACGCCCCUGAACGCUCGGUCGGCUUCCAGAGCAAGUCCUGCAUGAGCCCGCCGGCCCACGCCUGAGCGGCUGGAGCACUGCGCGCCAGGAAAAGAGCUGAUGCUGCGCUGCCGAGGUGCUUCAAGACUUCAGGCUGUACAUCACCACGGACACAACAUCCAGGACAAUGCAAUGCAAAUUUUCAGCGAGGUGCCGCAACUCAUCCAAGAGCAGCGGCUCCCCGUCUUGUACCUUUGAGGAGUGUAUAUGAGCCUGGCGAGCGAGGCCCCGGGUGUAGUUUAGGUGUACAGCAAAGCAGUACUGAGCAGACACACACUAACGGAUGCGUUUAUUGUCUGCGGCGGUUGCCGCCAGAAACAAAGAGUCCCAGUGGGACUCUGACAUGGAUGUGCUUGCCGCUUUGGCCGCAGUGUGUUAUUUGUGCGAAGCUGCCUCAGAUGCAGACCUUGAGAUACUCGGCUGACUGCCCAAUUUUGACUCUCCAACAGGCGGCUUUACUGCCAACACAUGAGAUGCCGUCAUUUGAGCCUGAUUGAUAUGUUACAAGGCAAAAUGCCUUUAUAGCUUUUACUCUGUGAGUGCAUCGCGAGUGUAGCAUAUGCUCGGAUUGGUGAUCCUGUCAGUGAUAUUGUACAAACUUAGGUGGGUCAGCACCAAAAGACCCAUGUCGAGAUGUGCCGGUUUUGUGCGAACUAGUGGUUGCGCUGUGCGUUGAUGUUUUAUCAACCUAUCCUUGUUCAUCCUUCUUUGCAAGUUGCAUGGGUGUGUCUUUCAAUGUAUAUAAUUUUGAGAAGGGUCUUGGGGUCUUCUCUCUCUGUAUUCUAUGGGCAGUCUAUAAGUGCCAACAGGAUUGAGCCUGUGCUUGGUGCUGUAUUGGCACUGGAAUCAGCAUGACACAAUACAGACAGCGCUGCAGACAGUGAACUGACUUGAGAUGCCAGUCAUGGCAGUAUUCUUGUUCUGCGGCUAGCACAAUGGGUUCAAUAUUGUAAAGGAACACUGACCGACCUA